GAAAAAGUUCAUAAAUCAAGCAUAACAAGGUGAAGGUGCACUGAGCAGAGGUUAAAUAAGGAAUGGAAGGUGAGGAAUUCGCAGUGGGUUGCUUCCUUUCAAUUAAGACAACUUUGGGCGACGAAUUUGAAGGUCAAAUUAUCAGUUUCGACCGCCUCUCCAACAUCCUCGUACUUCAGGAGGGUUUGGAAUCAGGACCCAGAAGGAACAUACGGCUGCUGAAGGCUAAUUACAUUAAAGAGUUCUCUUUGUUGCGCCAAGAUGAAGAUCCUCUUGAUGUUAAGAAAUGUUUUUUAGACCUUACUAGCCUUCAAGCAAGAGAAGAUUCUGCUAUUAGGCAAGCUGAGGCCGAUUCAGAGAGGUUUGGGGUUGGAGUUACCAGUGAGGCACAGACUCUUUUUGAUGCUUUGUCUAAAACGCUACCUGUUCGCUGGGACAAGACUGUCAUUGUUGUAAUGAAUGAGGUGCGUGUGAGCAGUCCAUAUCUCCCCGAGUCUGUUAGUGGAGGAACUCCUGCAGCCAAUGAACGAGUGAGAAAAGUGCUGGAGUUUGAAAGGAAGAGGAUGCAAACUCGCGGUACUAGCCAGUGACAACCUCACAUUUGUGUUCAAAGGUUGGAGAAACCAAAAUGUGUUAUGAUUGGUAUUAUUGUGGUAGUUCUUUGGCCUCACAUUUUUCUUAUUUUAUUGAAAGAGUUUAAACAAAUGCCUGAUACUGAAUUGUUAGUCCUAAUAUAAUGCUACCUACCUUUUUUAGAUGAGUUUGUUGGUAAUGAAGCCAGUACAAGUUGGGGGAAGUUGGGUUAUGAUUUUAAUUUAUUGGAAAUUUUGCUUUAUAAUCCAUUUCCAGCUGUACUAGGUAUACAAGAUUAUGUAACACCCAUGAUCUGGGUGAGAAAAAAAAAAACAAAUAUAUAUUUAUCUUUGGAUGAGGCUUCGUUAUUUAUCUUCA